AGCCGCCCGGGGAAGCGGCGAAUCCAACAAACGUGCAGGCCCGUGAAGGCACCACCGCGGAUGACGGCUCCUCCUUCAAACCGCCUCUCCAUGAAACCGCACACUAACGGAGGAGGAGGACUACACUCGCAGCUCUGCGCGUCGCUAGCCUGGACGUGUGCGAUGAGCCUCCGGGGAAACGGCGAAGAGCUGCGUUGAAGAAGCUGCUGAGGUGAAGAAGGCCGCCUGCUCCGCCUGUUCCUCAGACACCCAGCUGCCUUCCUCCUCUCUCCGAUGUCAGCAGCAACCUGGACUCCCUCUGGAUGACAGACGCACCAUGUGUCACAACAGCAGACGUCUUAGCGCUGCGUCAUAGACGGCCGUUCCCACUCUGAACCUCGCCCUCCGCUCUGAGGACUCUCCUACUCCCCGCCACUGACCACUGGCCGCGAUGAAGAACGUGGAGGCAUGGUCAGCAGAAGAUGUUUCUGAUUGGUUGAUCAAGGAGGGGAUGCCAGAGUACAUGGAUGUCCUCCGCCAGAGUCAGACGGACGGCCCCGCUCUGCUCAGGCUCACCCAGGCAGAUUUUCAGGUGCCUCCCCUGUCGCGGGUGUCGCACGAUAACGGACAGCAGCUGUUGGAGCGCAUGGACAUACUCCGGAUGACGACCCACAUCGAGGAUCAUAAAAACGGGCACGCCAACGGCCACGUGGGGGGGAUGCCCAACGGAACGAGCAAGCUGCAGAGGAACGGCACGCUGGGGAGGAAGGACUUUGAGAUGAUCCGCAUUCCCAUGCCAACGAUAGAACCCCCCCGCUGCCCGUUCCCCACGGAGUGGUGGAAGACGGGCAUAGCGUUCACGUACGCGGUGAUCUGCUUCGUCACCACCUCUGUCGUCAUCUCGGUGGUCCACGAGAGGGUGCCCCCCAAAGAGCACACUCCGCCGCUGCCCGAUAAGUUUUUCGACCUGUUCGACAGGCGCGAAUGGGCUUUCUCCAUCUGUGAGAUUAACGGCAUGCUGCUGGUGGGACUGUGGCUCAUUCAGUGGAUUCUUCUCAAGCACAGAUCAAUUAUAGGAAGGAGGUUCUUUUUCAUUGUGGGAACGCUCUAUCUGUACCGAUGUAUUACAAUGUAUAUCACUACUCUUCCGGUUCCAGGGAUGCACUUUAAAUGCUCACCAAAGCUUCUCGGGGACUGGGAGGCACAGAUGAGGAGGAUAAUGAAAAUGAUCGCCGGUGGGGGCCUCUCCAUCACAGGCUCCCACACCAUGUGUGGAGAUUAUCUUUAUAGUGGCCACACCGUCAUGUUGACGCUCACGUUCCUCUUCAUCAAAGAGUAUUCCCCGCGGCGCUUCUGGUGGUACCACUGGUUCUGCCUGACGCUGAGCGCCACCGGCAUCUUCUGCAUCCUGCUGGCCCACGACCACUACACCGUGGACGUGGUGGUGGCGUACUUCAUCACUACACGCCUCUUCUGGUGGUACCACACUAUGGCCAACCAGCAGUCGCUGAAGGAGACGUCCCAGAGCAACCUGUUGUCACGGGUCUGGUGGUACAGACUCUUCCGGUAUUUCGAAGAGAACGUGAACGGCACAGUUCCCCGCAACUACCAGCUGCCCGUUUCGGUGCGGGCGUUGUCCUGGAUGCGCGGCGUGAAAUACAGCCGACUGGACAGCCAGUGACACCCGUCGCUGCCGCUGAAGCAGGCCAGGACUGUGACUUAAACAAGUGCUAAUUUUUUUUUUUUAAUCAUUGGAAGACGGCCCUGUUCGCUGUAGCGCUGUCCGUUUCGCCCUUACUGGCAGGAGUCUCCCGGUCUAAAUGGGUAGCACUGUGACCGUCUACACGUUUUUUUUUUUUGUUUUUUUUUGGUUUCUUUUUCUUUCUGUUGUCCUUUUCGCAUUUCUGCAAGUUUUUUGUAAGCACACUAAUUUAUUUUUUCUUCAACUUGAUGGGUCAAUAACGUUUCUGCUGGGGUAGCAGAUCUAUCAUUUCAAAGAUUUUCAAAGACUUUAUCAGCACAAAAGCGUCAAUAAUUUCAUUUCUUCUAGCUCUCUAGUGCGCUCAGCGUCAUACAGAUGCUCAUAUGCGAACCAAAAUACCAUAAGCAUUGUUUUCUUUUCUUUUUUAUAUACACACACACAUAUAUAAAUAUAUAUAUAUAUAUAUAAAUAUCAGCUUACUUUUGGUAAACCCUCCUUGCUGAAAAGGAAUCAAAGGUGCAGAAGAUAUUUUUUCUAAAUAAUGGAAACUUUAUUUUUCGAAAGCAACACAAUCUCCAGCUAAAGAUUUUUAGAUUUUUAUCUUUUUCAAGAUGGAUCGCGGAGAGCGUAAGAGCUUCAUGUGGUGUAACAUUUAACCCAGUGCCUUCCUUAGCCUGAUUGUCAAACGGUUUAAGUACAACACGCGUUGUUGUCCUGCAACGCCCCCCCCCCUCCCCUCCUCCCCUCCCGUUGCGGUAACAGCCACAACACUGCAACACCGUCAGUCCUGUUCUAAUGAAUGUAUAAAAAAAAAAGAAAAAUUAAAAAGAGACUACGCUUAGCCUUACCAGAAGAUUGGUCUUCCCAAAUGUAAGUGCAGUGAGUUCAAUUUCCUGUUUAUAAGCUAGCGCUUUACCACAUCCGUUUCAAUAGGAAAAAAUAAAUGACUGUUAAUCGUGUUUUAGGUUUAGAACAUUUCUUUUUGUUUGUUGGUUUUUACAGCCUGUAACCAGCUUGGGUCUUGUUCAAAGCCGGAUAACUGAUGCUAAUUUUACUUUCUCAAGACAAAGUUAUCUGAAAAUCCCCCGCUUCCUAAUUGGCCAGCCGAUAAGAGAUAUCUGCGGUGUGCAGAGAUAAGAGUUGUUCCUCUGGAUCCGGACGCGUCCUGUGCAUCCGUGCGGCUGAACGCCUCCUUCGUUCUCCAGACGGAGGCUCGCUUUGAAAGUCGAAAUCAGGUCGUUGACGCGCAAAAGCUCAACCUUUUUUUUUUUUUUUUUAAAGUGACACAGAAAAAUGAAGCUUUGAAGUUUUUCAAUAUAUCCGUGGUAAUUAUGAAGUUAAUGUCUGUCAUUUUUUUGGGUUUGUAAGCUGCUCUCCUGCAGCUUGAGGACAAGUGCAUCAACAAUCUUCUGGAGCUUGUUUGUGGGGAACAAUCGUAAAUUGCUGCUACACAGAACAGAUGAUUUAUUUAGUCAGAAUGUCCAAUGUGUGUGUUUUUUUUUCUUUUCUUUUUUCUUUCUGCUUUCAUGAAUGUGCCCAGGCGUCCAUAUCCAUCCCGAUGUUUAUUUUUCUUUAUGUAACAGACUGAACCAUGACGAGUAAUACACUUUUGUGUGUAGGGGAAGACUUAACUUGUUCUGCAGGACUUUAAUAUUGAAUUGUAUUAAGUGGCUUUGAUGACGAAGAUGUGCACUAAUCUUUAGAUGAGGCAAAUGUCAAACGAGUAAUAUGAAUAAUAAUUUGUAUAGGUUCUUGGUGGAGGAAUCAAGGUUGUUGUUGUUGUUUUUUUUAAAGCAGAGCCAGCAGGAGUUUCACAUUGCAGUAAAGUUACAGGCAUUUCAUUUUUAUUGAGAAGAUUUUCUCAGCUUUUAAAAAGAGAACCAGCAGCCACCCCCAACCCCACCUUAUGGCCAUAUUUUUUGAUUUCAGAUGCCAUUCGAUCCGAUCGGUUCUCUAAUGUAGUCUGAAUGUUUGGACUGAGAUGAAGGUUAUGUUUAAUUUGCCAAUUAAUUAUUUUUUUUUCCAACGUUUUUGUCUCCAAGAAAUCAAAGUUAGUUGUUUGCAUUUCUCCCUAUAACAUUUCUCACCCACUUUCUGUCAUUUUUUUUAUUUUAUUUUUGUGUGUGUAAGCCAGAUGUUUGUAAGAUAUGCUAAAUGAUGUACUUGGAAUGUUUUUGAAUAAAACAUUUUACUAUAAAGUGUUUUAUUAUCAAUUUAAG